AUGGCCGGAGCCGCGAUGGCCGAGCCGGGCCGCGCGCCGCCCGCCGCGCCCGCCGAGCCCGGCACCGAGGGGCUGCCGCGCGCCUUCCUGCAGAGCCUGCGCACCCUCUUCGACAUCCUGGACGACCGGCGGCGCGGCUACGUGCACCUGCGCGAGAUCGAGUCCCGCUGGCGGGGCGCCGACACGCGCGAGCUGCCCCGCGGCGUGCUCCAGGGCCUGCGCCAGGUGGCCCCGGCCAGCGGCUACCUGACCUUCGAGCGCUUCGUGGCGGGUCUGCGCGCCUCGCUGGGCAGCGCCGACGACGGCCCGCGGGGCCCGGCGCGCGCCCCGGCCCGGGGAGGCGGCCCCGCGCGGCCCGGGGGCCAGCCGCCGCCGCCGCCGCCGCCCCCGCAGCGCCUGGUGUUCGCGUCCGCCGAGGAGCCGCGGACCAUCCUGGAGCGGAAGCCCCUGCCGCUGGGCGCGCGCCCCCCGGCGGUCGGCCCCGGCGGCGCGGCCCGGAGCCUGGAGAAGCUGUGCGUCCCGGCGGAGGCGGCGCCCGGCCUCGCGGAGCCCGAGCGGCCGCAGGGCCCGGCGCUGGAGCGGAGCCCGAGCUCGGACGCGGGUGCAGUGACCUGCAGGGCCUGGGAGCUGGGCGUGGGGGACCCCCGGCGGGCCCCCCGAGCCCGGGGCGAGCGUCGGAGGCACACCAUCACAAACGGAGUGGACUGUGAGCUGCUGAAGCAGAUGGCGGAGCUGGAGCAGGAGAAGGAGGUGCUGCUGCAGGGCCUGCAGAUGAUGGCCCGGGGCCGAGACUGGUACCAGCAGCAGCUGCAGCGCGUGCAGGAGCGCCAGCGCCGCCUGGGCCAGAGCCGGGCCAGCGCCGAGUUUGGGGCUGAGGGGAGCCCCCGCCCGCUGGGGCGGCUGCUGCCCAAGGUGCAGGAGGUGGCCCGCUGCCUGGGCGAGCUGCUGGCUGCGGCCUGUGCCGGCACGGCUCUGCCCUCGGCCUCCUCGGGGCCCCCGUGCCCCGCCCUGGCCCCCGCCUCACCCUCGGCGCCUGGCUGGCAGCAGCAGACCAUCCUGAUGCUGAAAGAGCAGAACCGCCUCCUCACGCAGGAGGUGACGGACAAGAGCGAGCGGAUCACGCAGCUGGAGCAGGAGAAGUCCGCCCUCAUCAAGCAGCUGUUUGAGGCGCGCGCCCUCAGCCAGCAGGACGCCGGGCCCCUGGACUCCACCUUCAUCUGAGGCCACGGGCACGGACAUGGCCUCCCGGCCGGACACUGGCCCUGGGCAGCGCCCCUCGAUCCCAGCCUCGCAGGCUGACGACCACCCGGCUGGCCUGGACACGGCUCUCCGCGUCCCAGUCUGGGCCCCCCCAGCCACAGGUGGAGCCGGCAGGGGGCUGCCCCCAGGAUGCCCUUCCAUCCUGGCCUGGGGAUGCGGGCUGACCUGGGCCAGGGCUCCACUGUGCGGGCUCAGCCUGAAGCUGCUGCUACCACCCCUUUCUCGCGGUCAGUGGGUCCCUCCUCCCGGUGUCCAGGUGUCCUGGUGUCCAGCCUGCCUAGUGUUUACAGCUGGCCUGUCUCCCUU